GCUUCGAUUUCGCAAGCAAUGGCUGUUUGUGUGGCUGUUAUUGGAAAAGAUAAUUCUCCACUAUACAUCGGAGGUAUAGGCAAUGACACUAGUACGGACAAUGAGCUAUCGAGGCAGUGGCUUGUUCACACUGCUCUUGAUGCGUUAGAAGAGAGACUAUCGACAACGAAUACCAGCAACACCAACUCCAGUGCAAACACCGCGCGAACUGAUCUUCGUGACCUUUAUCUUGGUUUGCUGUAUUCAACUGAUACUCAUAAAAUAUAUGGCUACGUUACUAAUACCAGAAUUAAACUUGUACUUGUAACAAGCUCGACAUCGCCAAGUGGAAGUAACAUACGAGAUGCCGAGGUCAGGACUGCUCUGCGCAGGCUUCAUGCUUUAUACGCUGACGCAAUUUGUAACCCUUUCCACUUGCCUGGUGAUCAAAUAACUUCACAAAAGUUCGACAAACAAGUAAAAAGUUUAAUGUUAAACAAUGUAUAAGAAAGAAA